GCGCUGCAUUCAGACGACAAAGAUCGGGACGGACCGUGAGGGUGCAAAGCGAAUUCGAGAUUUUCCGAUCAAUUACGUCAUACCUUCCAGCCGCUUGAUCUUUCUUUUCCUCCCGCCCCGCAUCCAGCCGUUCGCGCCGUCCGCGAAAUGUUGACCCCGCCGCGACGCGACCCGGCGCGCUCCUCGGCCAAGAAUAUAAAAAAGCGAGCUGGCCACGGCACCUACCUCAUCACACAUCUCCCCCUCACACCAUGGCUGCCUCCAGUUCCUCCUCGCUCACGAUGUCCCCUCACCUGGCGGAUCUGCAACCCGUCCGUGUCAAGUCUCACGAUGACGCCCCCGGCGCCCCCGAUCUCAGCUUCCCGUUCGACACGACCGACACCGCAGAGGCCGGUGUGACGAACGAGUAUCGCGCCGCGACAAAGAGCGGUCUGAUGUCUGCAACGGAGGCUCUGCGGCCCAUACCCGCACACACGGCCGUGCAGCCCCACGCGCUCUCUGACCCCGAAAAGGCGAAGGCGCUUGAAAAAUACGAGUUCGUGACCUGGAAAGUGAACGACCUGGAAGAUCCCCGAAAUUGGUCUACCCUGUGGCGGUGGUAUAUCACCGGUGUCGUUACAAUCGCCGUCGUCUCCGUCGCCUUCGGUAGUGCUGUCAUCACGGGCGACUUCAAGGACAUCCAGUCUGAGCUGCACAUCGGCGAAGUCGUCGCUGCCCUAUCAGUCUCUCUGAUGGUCGUCGGAUUUGGUCUUGGUCCUCUCGCGUGGUCGCCGCUGAGUGAACUUUACGGGCGGAGACCUCUCUGGUUGAUACCUUCCGUCUUCUACGUCGUCUUCAACAUUCCAUGUGCCCUAGCGACAAACAUUCAGACGCUGCUCAUCUGCCGAUUUUUGUGCGGCUUUUUCGCAUCUGCACCACUCACUCUUGCCGGUGGCACGAUCUCUGACAUCUGGGACAACAACGAGCGUGGGCUGGCCAUCGCAUUCUUCGCUGCUGCACCGUAUGGCGGACCUGUCCUUGGGCCCAUCGUCGGUGGAUUCGUCGGUCAGAGCAUUGGGUGGCGUUGGAUCAUGUGGGUCAACAUGAUCUUUGCCGGUGUCGUUCUGCUCUUCUGUGCCACCAUUCCGGAAACCUUCGCGCCUGUGCUGUUGCGCAAACGUGCUGCCGCCUACCGUGCCGAGACUGGUCGGGACGACAUCGUCACUGAGCAGGAGUUGUUCAAGAAAUCUUUUGCCCAUAUGCUUAUCGACACCCUCAUCCGGCCUUUCCAAAUGAUCGUCACAGAGCCCAUCCUGCUAUUGAUGUCGCUGUACAUUGCUCUCAUCUACGGCCUUCUCUAUGCGUUUUUCUUCAGUUUCCCCGUCGUCUUCGGCGAAGGUUACUCGUUCAGUGAUGGUCUUGUCGGUCUCACGUUCUGCUCCGUGUUGAUUGGAGUCGCGUUGGCUCUAAUUGCGACGACCCAGCUGGAGAAGAACUAUCUCCAGCGUGCUAUGGCGAAGGGUGGCCGUGCUGAUCCUGAAGAUCGUUUGGUUGGAAUGAUGCUUGCUGCACCUUUCGUUCCCAUCUCUCUCUUCAUUUUCGGAUGGACGAGUCCCCCGUAUGUGAUGCCGGGUGGUGGCAACUGGGUCGGACCUGCCAGUGCUGGCAUCCCCUUCGGAUUCGGCAUGGUCGUGAUCUACUCGUCUGCCAAUGCAUACCUGAUUGAUGCGUUCCCCGGCUACGUGGCCUCCGCUCUGGCUGCCAAGACGGUCAUUCGUUCCGGUGCUGGUGCGGCCAUGCCUCUGUUCAUGGUGCAGAUGUUCCACGGCCUGGGCAACGGAUGGGCUGCGUCGUUGCUUGCCUUCGUCUCGCUCGCCAUGGUCCCCAUUCCGUUCCUGUUCUACAAGUUUGGCCGCUCGAUUCGGGCUCGCUCUCAGCGUGCGGCUUAGUGCCCCGUCUGUCAUCUAAAAAGUAUUGUAGCCUCCACUCGCACUAGAGCACAGCGAGCUGUAUAGUUUCUCUUUACCUAUGUAGUCGUAUACCUGGCGUUCAUAAUAGGGAUAAUAAUUAUAUACAUACCACGUCUGAACCGGGAGCAUAUCGCACGUUUCGUGCUCAUUCGUCAUCAUAUCGCAUUCCUCGGUCACAACCGUCACACACAGAUUUCCCCACUGGCUAUGACGCCGUCUUCAGUUGCUUCUGCUUUCAGCCCGUUAUGAUUUGUUCUCGCGCCGUAUUCCGGUGCUUCAAAGCCCUAGAGAGGCUGGGAGACCGACUCACAGGCGCCGCAGGGCCUUUCUUCGUGACAUUCGCGGUCGUUCUCAUCGGUGCAGGGAUUAUCUGUUUCUACCACAUCAUACUCCCGGACCUCAAUUGGCCGCUCCUUACGGCUCCCGUGUGCAUAUUAAUCACCCUCAACCUCGUGCUGCACUACUACUACGUGGUGACCGUUUCUCCGGGGUUCGUGGACGACCCGCCCCCAGACUCUCUACACGGGAUACUUUGGGCGUCGAAGAGGCAACCUUCAAUCCGCUGGUCGGCUGACCUCAAUGUCACGCCGGCCACAACGACGAAAUGUCGGAAGUGUGGUCAGGUCAGGCCCGAGAGAGCACACCAUUGCCGGAUAUGUAACCGUUGCGUUCUCAAGUAUGACCAUCAUUGUCCAGGAUAAAUCAAUGCGUCGGCCUACACAAUGAGCGCCAUUUCGUGAUGUUCAUGGCUUACCUCAUCAUCGCCUGCGCGGCAUUCUGCAUCACUGGCCUUCCGCAUGUCAUGCUCGCGCUCGGAGUCUCAGCAUCCUACACCUACGAGAUCGAUUGGCCGUAUCUUGUGCCGCAGGUCAUGUUCAUCCUCGAGUACAUUCUCGCACUGGUGAUGUGUCUUGCGGUCGGAAUCAUGUGCAGCUAUCAUCUCUGGACCGUCGCGCAUGGAGAGACGACUGUUGAGGCUCAGGAUCACGAAGUAUACCGCAAGGUCGCCAAAUCGCGAGAUGAGACCUUCGUCAACUCCUACGACCUGGGCAAGCGUCGAAACCUCCAGGUGUUCUUCAAUGUCGGAGAGAAUGGAUACCCCUACUAUACGUUGUUCAUACCAUUCCGAAUCAUGCCCUACACCGAUGGCCGGUCCUGGGCCCGCCGAGAAGGAUACGACGGCCACCAUGGUGUGCGGCGCGGGGAGGAGCUGACGGACGAUGAGGGUGAAGGUCUAGCAUAAGAUCAUGGCUGUACAUAUAUCAUCACUGUAAUCGGACGUUAUAAUGGAUUGCAGGUCCAGCGCUGCUUAUGACACCCCUAUCACACCAUCCGAGACAUCGAGAUCCUUUGCAGAUUCCAACAAAGGUUCUUUUUGCAUUCUAUACAGACUGCGCCGG